AUGUAUAGACAUCACAAUGUCAAUGAAUGUCUUAGCGGUAUUCACGACUGCAAUAUAAACGCAGAAUGCACCAACACUAACGGAUCUUUCACAUGUUCUUGUAACGCAGGUUAUUCGGGAGAUGGUAAAGUCUGCACAGAUGCAGAUGAGUGUAUAUUGAAAACAGAUAGUUGUCAUGCAAAUGCGACUUGUGAAAAUACAAUAGGAUCUUAUAAAUGUACAUGCGAAUCGGGCUAUACGGGGGAUGGCAUCUUCUGUUCAGAUAUUAACGAAUGCGCCGGUGCAUCAAAUACCUGUCACGCAAAUGCUGAUUGCGUCAAUAGCGCUGGUUCAUUUUCGUGUUUUUGUAAAUCGGGAUACACCGGAAACGGUGUUAUAUGCAUAGAUACCAACGAAUGUCUUACAAAUAGUCACAACUGCGAUGUAAACGCUGAAUGCAUGAAUACAGAUGGAUCUUUCGAAUGUUCAUGUAUGUCAGGCUAUUCUGGAGGUGGUCGAGUGUGUUCAGAUGUUGAUGAGUGCUUAUUAGGGACACAUAAUUGUCAUCCAGACGCAAACUGCUCGAAUACAAAUGGAUCUUUUGCGUGUUCAUGCAAUCCAGGCUAUAUUGGAGACGGUAUAAUUUGUACAGAUAUUGAUGAAUGUGGAAUUGGAAGUGAUGACUGUAGUCCUGGACAACGAGGUAUUUGUACGAACCAACCUGGAUCAUUCAACUGCUCCUGCGCAACAAACUACGCCGGAGAUGGACGUAACUGUCAAAAAAUAGUUGUACUUCGGAAAAUGAAAGUCGUCUCAAAGAAACCACGAAAAGCAGUUUUAAAAAUCGUUUCUCGGAGAAGGCACAAAGAAUACGAGGUUGAAGUUCGAAACUGGUGGACUGGACGAACAGUUUUCACUCGAAGAUUUACAGAUCCUAAAAAUAAUUUACUUGUUGAUAUUAAUGACUUAAAUCCGGAUUCUGACUACGAAGCAAGAGUCAGGGUUUUAGUUCUUAGAAAUGGAUACCAGGUUGAACCUGAUUUUAGUGGAUGGAAAUAUUUUUAUACGCCUAUGGAAAAAUCCCCGUGUACUUUAAAAGUUCAGCAGUCUUUUGUAUCAGCUUACAACAAUAUUUACAGUUCUGAAUCUCAAGUGUUUGUUGCCACGCUCAUAUACAACGUACAAUUGAAUUAUCCAAGCAACUUCAUUUUGACAAUUUUUGUUUGGAAUUUAUUUCCUGGUAGCGUUGAAGCGUUGAUGGAGAUUGAAACAAAUUCUACAACGAAUCAAACUUUAGAUGAAGUCACUCCUACUAAUUCUAGUUAUGCAUUAUCAACAAUUCCAAAAUAUGACGACCCUCCACCAGAAAAUGUUACCAUAACAAAAGUAACCACUUCUGAAGUUACAAUCCAAUGGCUUGCUUACACAAAUGCAGUUGAAUAUCAAAUAUAUGUCGAACACACGGAAUCAAAUGAGACUUUCACAACAAAUGCAACAAGUUAUUUUGUGAUUGAUCUUCCUCCGAAUACACCUGUUGUUAUUUCUGUUCGUGCUGUCAUUUCCGACGGAACAAAACGAUUUUCGAACUAUAGUACUGACAUUGAGAUUACAACAAUGGCGGAGGGCCCCGCAGAUUUUUCCAUCACGGUGCUAACUGGGAAUUCUAUUAUUGUGACGUUCGACGAAGUAGAUACAGCAGAAACCUACUAUAUCACUUUCAAAAAUUAUCCUGAAUUUGACUUCACGAUUUCUGCCGAUAAUGAAGUGAACGGAACAUUUAGUAAGCAAGUUGAUGGCUUGACAGCAAAUACAUUAUAUGAUAUUGGAAUUGUAGCUGACGUCGGGGGAAUGAACAGCACCGAGUCGAGAUCUUCUGCCACCACAGGUCCUGAAACUGUUUCUGGAUUAGCUAUCUACAACGUCACAAAAGAUGGUUUCAGCAUUGAAUUCAGUUCAGUGACUAUAGUACCAGCAAUUUACACUGUUUAUGUAAUCAAGUAUAAAUCGUUAUCUGGAACCCAGGAAUACAUUACAAACAAAACUAAUGAGUUUAUCGUGGCUGCAAACCCAAUUACAACAGACUACAGCGUAUCAGUGGCGUACAAAACAGCUAUAUUUUCACCGUUCUCUGCUUCCGCAAAAACAAAAUUAUGGAAUGUAACUGGAGUUACGGAUGAAAGCAUAUCUUUAUCUUGGAAUACUUUUAAAACUGCAACCACUUACGAACUUUCAAUAUUUCCUGGGCCGAGUUCAAGCGAACAGGCGACAACAACCAAAACAUUUUCUGGACUAACAAGUGGAGUUGAACACACAAUUCAGGUUUCAGUGGAUGGCACAAUCUUGUUUACCAUUCCACAGAUCACAUGUCCGCCAGUGGUACAAAAUCUUGUGUGUUCACCAAAAACAUUGGAGUGCAUAACAGUGACUUGGGAUGAAUCUUUAUCUGCAACAUCGUACAUGGCAUCAGUGGUUGAGAAUCAAUUUGCAUCAGCUAAUAUUUCAUUCGGUGAUAGAACUGCGAAUAUUUGUAGGCUUACUGCUGGAACGAAAUACACUGUAACUUUAAAAUCCGCUAAUAGUCAAUGUGAAAGUGCCAUUGCCACAAAACAAGACUGCGUCACAGAUACAGAUGAAUGCGCAAGUUCCGGAACGAAUACUUGCAGUGAAAAUGCACAAUGUCAAAAUACCAUAGGAUCAUUCACUUGCACUUGCAUAUCUGGAUACACAGGAAACGGAAUUACAUGUACAGAUAUCGACGAGUGUACCGAAGGUCUAAGUUUCUGUAGCAACAAUGGUAAAUGUACAAAUGUGGAAGGCGGUUUUAGUUGUUCUUGCAACUCUGGAUAUUCCGGAAACGGUAUAAUCUGCACAGAUAUUGACGAAUGUGCUUCGGGAUAUCCCAACAAUUGCACCAGAAACACCAAUUGCACCAAUAAUGAAGCAAGUUAUUCGUGUGUUUGUAAGACUGGAUACAACGGGAAUCCUUAUUUACCAGGAACAUGUCAAGAACUGGAAACUCUUUCUGCUCCUGAAUGGAUUUACGUCUCAACAAACUUGGUCAUUUUUGAAAUAAAGUUAGACCUACCACAUCAGGAAUAUGAGACUAAAAUCUACAACACAGAUGGGACAUUGAAAGAAUCAAAAACUGUAAAAAGUACUCAAAUAUCAUCUUUCACUAAUUUGGUAGAAGGAACAAAAUAUACCAUUACCGCAAGGAUUACGAAACUUCAGAACGGUGCAUCAGUUUCUGGUUCGGAAAGUACAACACUAAACAUUGAAACAAAAACGGCCCCCGUUGUAAUAUUCAUGGUGUUAACUGAUUUGACAUACUCGACGGAUUUGCAGGAUAGAACAAGCGAAAAUUUUGUAUCAACAUCAAAUACAUUCAGAUCGAGAUUUGGAAGUGCAUUGCCAGGAUACUACAUCAAUAUUACCAUCCAUGAUUUUUUCGCCGGAAGUGUUGAAGCAUUGAUGGAAAUUGAGAAAAAUACAUCGUCGCCUUUGACUAUUUCAGGGGCAACGGUCACAAGUGGCAGUAUAUCUGAGAGUACCACAAGUUCUGUUAGCCCUCCAGCCAAUUUCCGUUUGAAUUCGGCAACUACUGAUGGAUUUACCGCAACUUGGGAUCCAGUGACUGGCGCAACAAAAUAUCUUCUGGAAAUUCAAUGUAACAAUGUGACAUCUCCUCCACAAUACGUAACAUCAACAUCUGCGAAUGUGGAUAGUUUAUCACCCAACACAGCUUGUGCAGCCACAGUUCGUGCAAUCGUAGGAACACAAAUUACUUCAUCUACCGACCCUCCCUUGACUAUUACUACACUUGCCAAGACUCCGUCUAUCAGUCUCAGCUCAAUGGGAGGCACCGGUAUUCGUGUAGAGUUUGAUGCAGUAAGCGCAGCAGACAAUUACUAUAUAACCUUGAAUGACACCUCCACGACAAGAGAAACGUUAACAGCAGCUGAUGUUGUCAAUAAUAAACUGACUAAGGAUAUUACCGGAUUGACUCCAGCUUCAACUUUACUUGUAACUGUGCAGGCAGAAGUUGGUGGCGUGAAUGGAACAGAAUCUUCAGAUACUGUAACUCUUGGUCCUGAAACCGUGUCUGGCUUAAUUCUUUUCAACGUUACCAAAACCGGAUUUGAUUUUGUAUGUGACACUGUUUCAUUGCAAGGCGGAACACCGGUGACUUAUGUUGUCAAAUAUAUUACUGGUACUGUGGAGAGAAUAGUAGAAACAACGUCGAAUACAGCUUACAUUGAAGCAACUCCGCUUGAUACAAUUUACAAUGUUUCAAUCGCGUAUAAGACAGACAUACUGACUAGUGCUUACUCUAGUCCUGCAUCAACAAAUGUUUUUUCUGUUGACGUUGUUACUGCCGAUACCAUAACAUUGUCAUGGAAUGCAUUAUCAAACCACCCGAGCAUGACAUACACAAGUUCAAUUUCACUCGGAGGACCUGUACAAACUGAACAGUUGCCCCAUCGCAGCAGACAGUUCACAGAACUGACAGCAGGAACUGAUUACACACUUGAGGUUGUAACGUACUUGGAUGCUGUUGGCACUUCAGUAACUUAUUUUGAAAUUAUUCAAACAACAGUUCCCGCGAAAGUCCAAAAUCUUCAGUGCAUGCCUUCAACGGAAACCUGUUUCUCAUUGACAUGGGAUGCUGCCAACUCUGCAACGUCAUACGCAUCAGAAAUAAAUCAAGGAACAGCAACUGGUGUUGUAGUUACAGUAAACAACACAGAACCUCGUGCUGAAGUCUGUAAUGUGGUAACUGGUAAUUUUUACAAUGCUUCUGUGUUACCAUCAAACUCAGCUGGAAAUGGAAUUGCUAGCGAAAUACCUCAGUGCUCAACACUCUUGCCCGCACCAACGAGUGUUUCCAUCGCUGUACACAAUCAAACUUGUUUUACUGUAUCAUGGACUACAAUAUCAUCAGCAAUCUCAUACACUGCAAAACUUGAAAAUAGUUCAACAAAUAUUGUGACUGCGAACUCAACAAGUAACUCUGCUCUCCUUUGCGGCCUUGAAACUGCAACUACAUAUCAAGCAUAUGUAAAAUGUACCUACGAAGCAGGAGAGAGUUCAUUUAGCACUGAAAACGCAUCACAAAUAUCAGCUCCAUUUGCACCAUCGCUCUCAUAUGUUUCUGCUACAGCAACUAGCAUUACAAUGUCAUGGAGUGAAUCGAGUGCAGCGAAAACCUACUACGUGCGAACAACGCAAAAGGCUCCAAUAAAAGCUUUCCCUACAAUUCAGUCUGUGGUCGGCGCAAGUUUAACAAUUAAUGAUUUGCAACCUGGAUACGAAUAUGAUUUUAUUAUCAUGGCUGAAAAUUCUGGAGGAAACAGUACAAAAAGCGUAACCCUAAGUCAAAUAACCGUUCCGAGAGAAGUUCAAAAUUUUCAAGUUGAUUAUGCAAAUGUCGAACAACGAUCAAUACCUUUCACAUGGACAGGAACCACUGGUGCAGCAAGUUAUGAAAUUUCGAUAAUAAAAGAUGGAACAGAAAUCAUGACGGAUUCCAUAACUGCUAGUCCAUGGAAUGGAAUAUCGGGGAUAGAAGAUGGCGAAAAUUACAAUGCUACCAUAUACGCAGUGUCUAAAGCCAUUGGAGUCGUGCAAAAUGGAUCAUCAAUUACAAUCUCGUUUAUAACAGCCCCACCUUCUCCGACUAACAUAGUUGCAGAUAGUAUAACUAUGAGCGGCAUGCAGAUUACAUGGAAUUCUUCCAAAAGUGCAACUAGUUAUGAAGUUAUAUUAAAACAAAAAACACCUGAUGGACCCUCUCAAAACAAAACAUCGACAACCACUAUGCAAUCGUUCAUUGGCUUAACAGCAGGAUAUGUUUACACAAUUACAAUUCGUGCCCGAAAUAAUGGUGGAUUCAGUGUAGCUAGCAGAGCAGUUGACCAGAUAACAGUUCCUGGCCAAGUUUCGGAUCUUGCACUGAGAGAUGGAUCGUCUCAAACGACAAGUUUCAGGUUGCAAUGGACAACAGUUACAGGAGCAGCAGCAUAUUUUGUUACAGUUAUGCGUACUGAUGGAAGUGGGAGUCCAAUGACUAAAACUGUCUCAGAUGGGUUUGCAGAUUUUGACUCAACUGAUGGCGUAACGGCUGGUACUGAUUACACGGCAUCAGUAACUGCAAAAACUUCAUUUACUGAUGGAAUACGGCAAACCAGUGCUGAAACAAAAUAUGAAUUUAGGACAGCUCCAGUGGAUCCAAGCAAACCUACAGAAAUCAGCACUACAGAGACAACAUUAACAUUUGGGUGGACGCCUGAUGCUUCGGGAGCCGAUAUCUAUGAAGUUAAAGUUCUUGAUGAAUCCGGAAUGAUAAUGAAAACAGUCAAUGUGACGACAACGAGCACAACAGUAACUGGACUGGCUAGUGGAACAACGUAUAUUAUUCAAAUCAAAGCUAUCAACAGUUUUGGAAGCAGUUCUCUCAUCAGUGGAACAUUGACAACACGACCUGCAAGUCCCGAGUUCUCUGUGACUGAAAUUUCAACGACUUCGUUUAAACUGGUGUGGACUUCUCUUUCUGGUGCAUUGGGAUACAGUGUUGCAGUGAAACGUACAAGUGAUAAUGUAGCAAUCUCUCUUCCAACAUCAUUUUUCCGAGGAACAACAGCAACAAUCACAAAACUUUCAGCUGGAACAAAUUAUACUAUUUCAAUGAUAACUCGCGGUCAACUUACAGAUAGUAUAGAAAAUAUAAUGAUUCAAAUAACAGUUGCUGAUGCUCCAGUCGUGAAACUUAGCAAUCGAACUUCGAAUUCACUUACGUUUACCUGGGACCCAAUCAUCGGUGUAAACAACUAUCGUAUAUCAUACAUGAUGGCUUCGGACACUAAUGCAACUGAAAUUACCACUACCGAUACUUCGAAUAAAAUUUUGGACUUGCAACCUGGAACAGUUUAUUCUGUUACAAUAAGUUCAGUCAACAAUGCUGGAUCCAAUGAUACAGUGAUGCUGUACUCAACAGUAAUCAACUCCGGUCCCGAAGUUACAAUUUUUGAUAUUACAACGACAGACUUCACGGUUUCAUUCCCAGAUGUUCAAGAUAGAGAUAAUUUUGAUAUAGUAGUCGAACCUGGUUCAAAGACCAUUUCCACGUCAACAAAUUCAUCUUCAAUUGAUGGAUUAAGUCCAGGAACAACUUAUUCAAUCACUGUCUUUGUUAAUUAUAAAACUGUUGGAAGAAGUUCAGGAAGUACAGCCGUCUCAGCAACAACUUUGGCAGUGGCUCCAACCAACUUUGCUGUAUCAAGCAAUACACAGAACGAAGGAAUAACUCUUAGUUGGACAGAAGUAUCUGGUGCAAUAAGUUAUCAAAUCACAGCAACAACGCCUACUGGAUCAUUAUCCUAUAAUUAUACAACAUCACCCCAACUCAUACCAACAGUACUUGGAUCUGUUUAUAACUUUUCUAUUAGAGCAAUAAAUAGUGAUGCAAUGUUGGGACCUGCGGCUACUCUUGAUACAAUUUUAGCAGCUGAUGUAAAAGUAUUCCAGCUCGAAAUAACACUGAACACUUCAUAUACGUAUUCCGCCAAUCUUGGAAACCAAUCGUCAUUAGAAUUUAUUCUUCUGCAAUCUGUCGUUGAAAGUAGGCUUGCCAUGAUUUUAUCGAAUGUUAGUGGAUUUGUUCAAGUUAAGAUCAAUGAAUUUCUGCAAGGAAGUGUGGUAGCAAGAGUGAAUGUUACCAUUUCAUCACCAACUGGUACAGGAGAUGCUAUUGUAAACGCAUUUGAAUCAUCGACUGCAGAUAAAACUACUUUUUCGACAAAUGGUUUGACAACAAAUUUGAACGAAUGCAUCAAUUCUCCAAGUCCAUGUGAUACAAAUGCAACUUGUACAAACACAGAAGCAUCAUAUACUUGCACUUGUUCUGGUGGAUACUCUGGAAAUGGCCUAACUUGUGCGGAUAUCAAUGAGUGUGAUGAAGCAAAUGUGUGUCAUGCAAAUGCAAUAUGUACUAAUCAACCUGGUUCGUAUAUGUGCACAUGUAAUACUGGUUAUACAGGCAAUGGUACUGCUUGUUCUGACAUUGAUGAAUGCCCUUCUGCAUGUAGUGGAGCAAGUACAUGUACCAAUACAGAAGGAAGCUUCAUGUGCAAUUGUACAUCAGGGUAUAUCUACAAUGGGACAACGUGUGUGGACAAUGAUGAAUGUGCGAUUGCCAGUUCAUGCGAUAUGAAUGCAAACUGUACCAACUUGCCAGGAAGUUACUCCUGUACAUGUCGCAUUGGUUACACCGGUGAUGGCACAUCAUGUUCAGAUCAAAAUGAAUGUGAAAACAAUCCAGAAAUUUGUUCCAAGAAUCAAACAUGUACAAAUAAUGAUGGCUCCUACACUUGUCCAUGCAAAACUGGUUAUGUUGAAAAUCUAGGAAGCACCAAUUGUAUUGAUCAAGACGAAUGUGCAACUAACCCUUGUCAUUCAGCGGCAACGUGCACUAAUAGUGUUGGAAAUUAUUCAUGUAUUUGCAAUGCUGGAUUCACAGGCGACGGCAUUUACUGCAAUGACUUUGACGAGUGUCUGUCUAAUGCGACUAUCUGCAGGGCAAAUGAAACCUGCACCAACACGGUUCCUGGCUAUUUUUGUUCUUGUAAAGUAGGAUUUGUUGGAGAUGUAUCGACAUCCUGCGUCGAUGUGGAUGAAUGUGCUUCCACAAAUAACUGCCAGCCAAAUGGUGUCUGUAGCAAUAGUAUUGGAUCAUAUUAUUGCACUUGUAACUCAGGUUACUAUGACAAUGCUGGAUCAUGUGAUGAUAUUGAUGAAUGUACAUCGAACGAAAAUGUUUGCUCUGACAGAGCUAAUUGUGUAAAUGAAAUAGGAACGUUCAGGUGUGACUGCAAAUCUGGAUUCAGUGGAAGUGAUAAUGUCUGUGUGGAUGUUGAUGAAUGCCUUCAAUCUCCAAAUCCUUGUGCUUCGUUUAACAACACGAAAUGUGUAAAUUCGAUGGGAUUCUAUUCGUGCAAUUGCACGGAGGGAUAUUAUCUAAAUGCCUCAAAAUGCGUGAACGUGAAUGAAUGCCAGUUAACACCAAAUCCGUGUGCAAGCGAUCGUGUUUGUGCUGAUAAUGAUGGAAGUUAUUCAUGUAACUGUCAACCUGGAUUCAGUGGAACUAACUGUGAUGAUUUGAAUGAAUGCUCGUUAGAAACCGAUAAUUGUGAUGCAAAUGCGGAUUGCGCAAACACAAUUGGAUCUUUUAGUUGUAGUUGCAAACAAUAUUAUGCUGGGAAUGGUGUGACUUGCACAGGAAAUAUAACGAAAGCAUACAUUGAACAAACAAUCACAAAAUAUGAGUAUUCAUCCGCAUUAUCUCGAGCAACAACAAAUAGACCUGAUUUAGAAGCAGAAGUUAAAGCACAAGUUGAGUUGCAAUUCCCCGGAUUUACUUUUGUGUCUGUUGUGUUUUUGAAUGGCCCUGGUACAUCUAUCAGAACAGCAUAUGUAAUACAGACUGUAAUGCCAGUUACUGUGCCGAUACUAUCUUAUUACCAAUCCGAUGUAGGUGACACGACGCUAUUUUCUUCCGCACCUUUGCUUGCACAAAAUUGCGGUUCUCAGCAAUGUGAUACGGGAUCAUAUUGUAUUGAAUUAAAUGACAUACCACAAUGUCGUUGUAAUACUGGAUAUAUCUUGAAUGGAAUGGUUUGCGUUGAUGUAGAUGAGUGUGCAUCUUUAAUUUCUUCUUGUGACACGCAAGCUACAUGUACCAAUACAGAAGGAAGCUAUACUUGUUCUUGUCAGACUGGAUAUGAAGGAGAUGGAACUGUUUGCUCCGAUAUUGAUGAAUGUUUGACUGUAACUUGUUCUGCUAAUUCUGGAUGUGUUAAUAAUGCUGGGUCGUUCCAAUGUGAAUGUGUUGCUGGAUAUAUGAAAUCUGCAGACAACGCGUCGUGUACGGGUCAAUGUGAUAAACCGUACUGCAAUAAUGGUGGAACGUGUGUACCUUCAACUGAUAACAGCAAUACUCCAACAUGUUUAUGUCCAUCUACUUUCCAAGGACCGACAUGUGAUGAUGAGGAAUCACCAAUAUACAGAAACCUUGCAAUUGCUUUUGGAGUAAUUGGUGGAGUAUUGUUCAUCAUGUUGAUAGCUGCGCUCAUUGUAUAUAUAGUCAGACGAAAGAGAGGAGACACCGACAUAGUUCCCUGAGGAGACAACUUAUAUUAGUUAUGCAUAUGUAAAAUACAUUUUUAUGUCAUUGUUCAUACAUAUACAAUUUUAAACAGCCUGUUUCCUUCCAAUGUUUAGACAAAUGUCUGAGUACAAUUUAUCGUUUGGCGCUUUUAUAUUUAACAUAACUAUAUGCCCUAACAAAGUAAAAGAACGAAAUAAAAAUGAGAUUAAUGUAAGGUGCAUAUUUUACAAAUUACAUAUAUAUCUCAAAAUUUCGUUUUCCCUUCCCUCGUUGUUAUUUUCAAGAAUUAGAAUUAAUAAUUUAUUUCUCAUGUGCAGUGUUUUGGCAAUAAAAAGAGUGGAAAUCAUGAGAUAUAUGUGAAAUAAGUAAUAGAUAUAUGUUUUGAAAGUGGUUUCAAUUAAAACAAGUUAUUUUGGUAAUUUUUCAAAUUUUCAAAUUCAAAUUCUCGAUAAAAAGGUCAAAAUAAAACAAGUCAAUUUGGUCAUUUUUGUUACUUUGGGUCUUGCUGACGGCACAUGAAAGUCACAUGAUGCAGGAUUUGUUGAUUUUCCCGAAUAUGUGUAUAUAUAUACUUUAUUGGUUGUUUUCCUGUACAUUUUAUAUGUGUAGUUUCUUGCUAAAAUUA